GUGGAUGGUGACUGGGCGGCCAUGUUGUUUGUUUUGAAUAUAAUAUAUCCAUCAUCGUAACGUUCAUUUAUCCCUUUUUUGUUUUUGUUACUCUUUGAUAAUUUUUACCGUAGAACUACGAUAUUCUUUCGAUUGAGAUUUGUUUGUUACCCCGGACGCUUGUGCCGAGGGAUCAUAAUGUCGGAUCCUCAAGACGAACUUUGUCCACCUAACAAUCCAGAGGACGAUGAACUUACUUUACCUAGGGCAAGCAUCAACAAAAUCAUUAAAGAGUUGGUCCCUUCGAUACGGGUAGCAAACGAGAGUCGAGAACUGAUUCUAAAUUGCUGCACAGAAUUCAUCCACUUGAUCAGCUCAGAAGCGAACGAAGUAUGUAACCAGAGAAAUAAAAAGACCAUAAACGCAGAGCAUGUGCUUGAAGCCCUAGACCGAUUGGGAUUCAAGGAUUACAAACAGGAGGCAGAAGCUGUGCUCAACGAUUGUAAGCAAGUUGCCGCCAAAAGGCGGAGGCAGAGCACCCGGUUAGAGAAUUUGGGCAUUCCGGAGGAGGAACUACUCAGACAACAGCAAGAGUUGUUUGCCAAAGCUCGAGAAGAACAAGCAGCUGCCGAACAGCAGCAGUGGUACAGUCUUCAACAAAAUGCAGAGCUUUAUCAGAAACAAUUAUCCCAAGAUGAGGAUGACAGUGACGACUACUAAGCUUAUGAGUAGUGUAAUUUCUAGAGUUUCCUAGGUUUUCAAUUGAAUGAAAGAAAUAAAAGGUAAUAUAAA